CGCGUACAGCUGGACGCUUCGUUUGCUUCUUCCGUCUGCUCGUCUCUCUCCUCCCCUCGCGAAGACAGAACAGCAUAAGAGAGAGAAAAGCGAGAGCGCUGCUGAGCAAAGCCAAAAAUCCCCCCACGAGAGCAAGGCGAGGCGAGGCGAGGCGCGAGAACUCGUCGCCGGCGAGCGUGCCAUGGCGGCGGCCCCGUCGAGGUCGCGCGGUGACUACGACCACCUCAUCAAGCUCCUCCUCAUCGGCGACAGUGGAGUAGGAAAGAGUUGCUUGCUACUGCGGUUCUCUGAUGACACUUUCACUACAAGUUUUAUCACCACCAUUGGCAUUGAUUUCAAGGUUAGGACAGUUGAGCUUGAUGGAAGGCGUGUAAAAUUGCAGAUUUGGGAUACAGCCGGUCAAGAACGUUUCAGAACAAUUACAACUGCUUACUAUAGAGGAGCGAUGGGUAUUCUGCUUGUUUAUGAUGUUACAGAUGAAUCAUCCUUCAACAACAUUAGAAACUGGAUUCGCAACAUAGAACAACAUGCUUCUGAUAAUGUCAACAAGAUCUUGGUGGGCAACAAGGUCGAUAUGGAUGCAAAGCGGGUGGUGUCCACAGCUCAAGGUCAGAAACUUGCAGAUGAGUAUGGGAUUAAAUUUUUUGAGACGAGUGCCAAAACAAAUCAGAACGUGGAGCAAGUAUUCUUUAGCAUUGCAAGGGACAUCAAGCAAAGAUUGACUGAAACUGUCGCCGCCGCAAAUGAGCCCCCAACUAUUCAAAUCAGUAGGCAAGAACCAGAUCGGGCUGGUGGUGCCGCAUCAAGGUGGUCAUCGUCCUGCUGUAACACCUGAUAAAUGCCGUGGCGCAACUGCACGGCUCGUCCUAGCGUAGCUGAUGCAAUGACUGCGAGUUUACCGGCACCAUCUCCUGUGUGUUUACUCCCGUGGCAUGCCAAGAUGUAUAUUUCGCCCAGUUGAUUGAUAUUUAGUUCAGAAGAUCAAUUCUCUGACCAUUGUGGUGUUGUUAUUCCCCCAUUGAGGUGUUUGUGCUUCACUUUGUUAUGAUUUAGCUCUGUCAUUAGCGUUGAUACUCUUAUUUUAGCUCCAGGUUGCCAGAGCAAACAUUUCAACAGAUAAGCUGAUGGAUUUGCUCACUUUAUGUAAACAGAUCUUCUAAGAGACAGCAGUAUCUGAUUGUCUGAAGUCAUGUUUGCACAGUAGUGCAUGCAUGUUGUCUCA